ACAGUGAGGUAGUACGCAAACAACUUCAUCAUGCUCGUAUACAACGAGGGUUGUUGUCUUCCUAUUAUCCCGUUUGUGUGCUCGGUAGCUACAAAGCUUAACAAGAAUGACAGUGCUACUUUUGGAUAAACGCUUCAAGCGGAGAAACUGAAUAGUUAUUUUAUCCGACCAUUUAAGAUAUGCCAUACCGAAAGCCAUCGCUGUGCAAGUAGCUAGAAGGUACUGAGGCUAGCGAACAUUGGCUAAAUCUCGACGGUUUUUUCUCAUUCCCCUGUCUGUUGAGGCUGGAAAGUAACUUAUUAAUUAAUUAGCUAGCUAGCUAGCUAGUCAUUAAGUUCAAGCUCGUGCCCAGCCAGAAGAGGAUGAACUGGCUUUUCCCCUUAUCCAAGGGUUCUGGACCUCUCCCACCUCUCAAUAGCUUACAGCAACAAAGACAAAGGCAGAUCGAGUCACUCAAAGCUGCCCACUCCAGUUUAGCAGAGAUCCAGAAAGAUGUGGAGUACAGAAUCCCUUUUACAGUCAACAACUCAACUAUCAGCGUCAACAUCUUGCUUCCACCUCAGUUUCCCCAGGAGAAGCCAGCAGUCAGCGUGUACCCUCCAGUAGGACAUCACCUGGUAGACAGCAACAAUGGCACCAUGGUUACCAGCCCCCUCAUUACUAAUUUUGGAAUGCACUCAGAUCUGGGCAAAGUCAUCCAGAGUCUCCUGGAUGAGUUCUGGAAGAGUCCACCUGUCCUGAUGUCUGGCCCCACCGGCUUCCCUUAUAACAUGUUCAAGCCGUCGGGGAUGCCUCCCUACCCCACACAGGGCUUCCACUACGGGCCGCGCCUCGUGGGCCCCACCCCGCCCCACGUGGGUGUAGAGGGUGCUCACGUUCACAGCCCUCCCUGGGCAGCAGCCCCUGCCUACGGCCUCAUCACUGACCUGCCUCUCCCCGUACCUACCGCAGACUCCCAGGCUGGGUUGAACGGCCACAUGUACAAGAUGCCUGAGAUUCCUGAAACAUUUCCUGAGCUGUCUGAAAUGAGUGUGUCCCAGCUGAAGGACAUGAGUGAGCAGGAGGACGUGCUGCUGGAGUUGUUUGCGUGCCUGCCCCAGCUCAAACAGGUCACCACUGACAAGGAGGAGCUGGUCGACAGCAUCGUGGACAUGGCCAAGAAGAACCUGCAGCUGGAACCUCAGCUGGAGGGGAGGAGACAAGAAAUGCUGUUCAAGUACGAGCAGCUAACCCAGAACAAAUCGGCCUUUGAGACCAAGAUGCAGAGACAACACGACAUCAGUGAGAGCUGCAGUCUGAGUGCCCUGCAGGCUCGUCUGAAGGUGGCAGCCCACCAGGCGGAGGAGGAAUCGGAGGAGACGGCCGAGAGCUUCCUAGAGGGCAAGACGGACAUCGACGACUUCCUGGCCAACUUCAUGGAGAAGAGGACGCUUUGCCACAGCAGAAGGGCCAAAGAGGAGAAGCUGCAGCAGUCCAUCAACACACACGGACAGUUCCCUAGCAGCCACUAAGCCCCGCCCCCCUUCCCCUCACACACAUUUCUAAAAGGUAUGAAGUUUUAAUCUACCAGCAAGACGCCCCUAAAGAGAGGAGAAGCACAUCUUGGUGUUGAUAGACUUAAAGAAGCAACCAUUAUUGAAUUGUAACCCUGAACUAGGCUUUUGAACUCAUUUCAGUAUACAGUUUCCAGUGAUGAUGAUGGUUUUGCGACUGGUCUCAUAUAUAUAUAUAUAUAUACAUACAUAUAUACAUACAUACAUACAUACUUGAAUUUGGAUGAUGAGUUUGCUAACGCUGCCGAACACCCAACUACGAUGGAUACUGUAUUUAAAUAAUGUUAAUAAUAGGCUUUAUUAUAAUCAGACACCUUGUACUAUGUUAUUUAAUUUCUUUAGGUUAAUAAACCAUUUAGAAUAA